UCCUUUGACUAAAUUGCCUUCAAUGGAGUUUUUCAAACGUAUUUUAAAGUAUUACGCGCUGUUUCUGUAAGAUUUUUCAAUAUGGAUAGGACUUCAAGUCCCGCCUCGACAUACUGUUCCCAGUUUUCGCCAAUUAGGAGAUCACAGCGACUUAUUGACAAGGAAAACCGGGAUUUGCUGAAGAUUCCACCUAAAAGCCGUUCUCCCCAAUUGUUUGGAGAAACGCAAGAUGAAUGCAGUCAGCUAAUUUGCCAGCAGGAAAAGCCUCUGUCAAAAACUCAGCACUUAAAGCCUGCGGAUAAAGUUGUGCAUCUGAAGACCUUAGAGAAAGUUGUCCAUCUGAAAACUUCAGAUAAAGUCGAGCCCAUAAAGCCAGCAAAUAAAGUGGCCCAUUUGAAGCCUUCAAAAAAGAUUACCCACCUAAAGACCCAGGAUGAAGGCAAGAAACCAGCGACCAAAAAGCUUAAGGCUCGAAAGCUAGUUUCUCCAAAGAAUACACAAAGGAAGAGGACUCUUCAGACCAAAGCCAAACCUGGGCCAAAACCAAAACAACCGGCUAAAGAAAAGCGUACCAAACUCCAAUCCACCUUUUCCGAUGAUCAUCUAGGGACCACGCCCUCUCCAUCGAAGCUGCCUCCUCAAUAUCCGGCACAUUUUGUUCAUCAACUGCCGCCUGUAAACGACACCAAUGUGGUUCCCCUUCGUCCUUUUUCGGCUCCUGCCGAACAGCUUUGUGAAUUGCGCUCCUCACCCGAGGAAAGAGAUUUGCUCCUAUCGCCAUUGGUAUUCGGUUCCGAGAGCUCCAUGAACCUUUCGCUGAGCGAUUCCAUUGCCGAAAUCUUCGGCACCAAGGACAUAAGUCGCAUACUAGCGAUACGACAGCCGCGUCAAUAUAUUUUGAUUGAGGAGCACUUGCCCGCCAUGGCAAUCAUGUUGAAUGUGGAUUUGGAGCGACUCCAAAAUGUCCUGGAUAUAACUCAGGGCCUAAGCCACGAGCAGAUCCUGAAUUUUUCAAUUAAACAAGAAAGGGAGGAGACAGAGGAUCAGACAAACUAAUCGUGUUCACAUGUAGAUAAGUUCCGUAUAACUUAACAUUUAAAAUGUAUCCGCUUUGUAUUGUUUUAAUAGGAUAAUUCCAAUUGACCAAGUCCAACAUGUAUAAUUGAGUGGCUAAUCCCAUAAGAUCCAUGUUCUUAUAACUUAA